GGCCACCCCACCCUCUCCGGCCACCUCCUCCCGCAGCCGACGCUCGGGGCCCUCUCCAGAGAGGGGCGCGGAGGGGCGUCCGGAGGGCGCUGUCCCCGGCCCGCAGGAAGCAUGGGCGUGCUCAGGGCCGGGCUGUGCCCGGGCCUCACCGAGGAGAUGGUCCAGCUUCUGAGGGGCGGCGCGAUCAGGACAGUGGUGGACCUGGCCGCAGCAGACCUGGAGGAGGUGGCCCAGAAGUGUGGCUUGUCUUACAAGGCCCUGGUUGCCCUGAGGCGGGUGCUGCUGGCUCAGUUCUCAGCUUUCCCCUUGAAUGGCGCGGACCUCUAUGAGGAACUCAAGACCUCCACUGCCAUCCUGUCCACCGGCAUCGCAAGCCUGGAUAAACUGCUCGAUGCCGGGCUCUAUACUGGAGAAGUGACUGAGAUUGUGGGAGGCCCAGGCAGCGGCAAAACCCAGGUGUGCCUUUGCGUGGCUGCACACGUGGCCCACAGCCUGCAGCAGAACGUCCUGUACAUUGACUCCAACGGGGGGCUGACGGCCUCGCGCCUCCUCCAGCUGCUGCAGGGCAGAACUCAGGAUGAGGAGGAACAGGCAGGAGCUCUCCAGAGGAUCCAGGUAGCGCAUGCGUUCGACAUCUUCCAGAUGCUGGACCAGCUGCAGGACCUCCGAGGCACUGUGGCCCAGCAGGUGAGCGGUUCUUCAGGGACUGUGAAAGUGGUGGUUGUGGACUCAGUCGCUGCAGUGGUCUCCCCGCUUCUGGGAGGUCAGCAGAGGGAAGGCUUGGCUUUGAUGAUGCAGCUGGCCCGAGAGCUGAAGACCCUGGCCCGGGACCUCGGCGUCGCAGUGGUGGUGACCAACCACAUGACCCGAGACAGGGACAGUGGAAGGCUCAAACCUGCGCUUGGACGCUCCUGGAGCUUUGUGCCCAGUACCCGAGUUCUCCUGGACAGCAUUGAGGGAGCAGGUGCGUCAGGCGGGAGCCAGCGCAUGGCAUGUCUGACCAAGUCACCCCGUCAGCCCACAGGGCUCCAGGAGGUGGUGGACAUCGGGGCCUGGGGGACUUCAGAGCUGGGCCCCGUGUUACAAGGAGAGCAGACGUGACUGGUGCCGGCGAUGGGGAAGGAGGGAAGCAUGGAAUGACAGGCAGUUGUUCACUGCUACCCAGCACCUAGGCCUGCAGGAAUUCACAGGCUGCCCAGAGGUCCCGUUGGCGUGGAAGCACGUUGAGCAAUAGAACAGAGGAUGCUGCGGUGGGAGGGCCCAGAAUUCCAAGCUGGUGCCAGGUCCCUUCUUUCAUGCCCACCACCUGUGUUUCCAGAGGGAGCCUAACUCACCCCGGCAGGGGCGUCUCUCAGGAGGCCACACUAUGACUGAUGAAUAGUCGCAGGUGCCUCCAUCAGAGCCUGUGUUCAAUCCUUGCAGUGUUUAAUCCACGAAGCCACUAAUUUGCCUUUGCUCCCCUCCUUUCUUUUUAUUCUCUCUCUUUUUUUUAAUCUCUGAGUUACUAAAACCUCAUAAAUACAAAGCACUUCUUCAUCUAUGUUCUGCUCUUAACAAAGUAUAAAAAGGAAAUUCCUGGAGCUCCAGAGCACCUGAUUGGUCCCCAGAAGGUUGUUUUUCAGUUUCCCCAUUGAGCCCCCCAAAGAAUGGUAGUUCUUUCUUCUGUUUGAUUCGGUUUCACACACCUGCAUGCGUCAUCAUGACUGGGUGAGAAUGUGGGCUUGCUGCUGUCCCAGGGGUAUAAUUUAACAGGAAGGACGGAUAUGACCUGCAACUAGUGAAUCCAGUCACUUGUUUAAUAUGCCUGAUGCCCUGUAGGGCCCUUCCACAGUAUAGAGUAACCAGAGGUGCGGAACCAUGGCCUUGCCCAUAAACAGACAGAGGCAAAUUUGCACAAUAAAUAGAACCAGCUGGGAAAAUUGAUGCUGGCGUAAAUAAUACAUGGCAAAUGUAGUCUUUUAUGCAGAAAUUCAUUGCUAGUAGCUCUGAGAUGCAAUAUGAUUACAUCUGUGUUCCUGCCAGCUGUACCACUGCCUUGUGCCUUAGUGUAUAAAAUAACCCCCCUGUCUGUUACCAGUACUGUGGCCAUCCGUCUGAGAGUCGUAACCCUGGCUGGGAGGGGAAGAUGACAAUAGGGAAUAGAAAAUAAAAGACAAAGAAAAAUGA